GUCUGUCCUUCGAACGUUUUUUGCAAGAUAUCUUUCAACUUUCAACCUCUCGAUCAGACAGAUGUCAACAAAACAACAACACACAACAAAUCAUCAGAGUGACAGUCUGCAUCGAAUUCUUCAAUCCACAGACAGUCCAAGCCAUCCUCCUUUCUCUUUAUCUAUCACAGCAUCUAGCAUAGAAUGUAUCUGAUUCGAUGUAAGCGUUCGAAUGGGGUUUGUUGCAGAUCAUGGAUCCUCCUGCUGUUGGUCUUGUGCCUCUUGACGGUUGAGAAUGUUCACGGUAAUGAAGAUACUGCUAGUAGCACUACCACGGAAGCCAGAGUCGAAGAAGAAGUGCACAUUCAAACAGAAAUGAGUGACGAUGGUAGUAGCAGUUCAAGUACAAGUAAAACAGCAAGUACUGCUACGACGACAGACGAGAACAACAGCAACAAUAGCAACCAUCACGAUUGUGCCUGGGGAACUCCCUGUCAUCAAGAACAACAGGAAAAGCAGCAACAUCAACAAGUAGACGACAAGACCACUGACGAUUCUACUUCUUCGACUACCAGGCAGACAGACACUGCAGCUACAGACAGCACAAAAGCCGCCACCGACAACACGAGCAACGGUAGUAAAAACAUUCCCUUUGUCCAUCACACGAAUCAUCAUCAUCACCAACCCAUUAAACCUCCGUCAGGAUUCGCCAUUUGCGCCCGCGUCUACACGGAUCCACACGACAAAUUGGCUCAUUUCACCGAUGUUGAAGAAGGCGACCAUAUCACACUGCCCUACUGGGAAUGCGGCGCCACGGGAUCCACCACAUCGCCAUUGCCCGUCAAGGAUGCCUACUUUCGACACGCACUCUCGGGUUCGAAACCACAAGUCUGGAGUGGCGCCGAAUAUGGACCACAUCCCCAACUGGUCGUGGCGUUGAAACGCAUGGAAAUUGUUCUCAAUUCGGGAGAAACCAAACAACUCACACCGGGACAAGUCGUGCUUAUGGAAGAUGUCGUGUCCGGAGGACACAAAUUCAAGGCACUCGAAGCUGAUUUUGACAUGACGUAUCUGGUACUCACAUUGCCACAGCAUUAUCAUCACGUGGGUAAAGAUCGCAUGGCAUUGAAACAAGGGACCAUGGAAAAAAAGAAACAACCGCCGUGUGCGAAUGAACAACCACAACAACAGCAACAACAACAUGCCGCCGGAGGAGCCUUUGUCCCCAAGUCGACACCACUCACAACCCUCUCGUCGUGGGAAACUAUAUUGUCGGGACACACCGUGCCGGAUGGAGAAGUCGCUCCACUGCGAGAAGGACGCGUACGAAAACUAUUAUUGGGAGCCAUUGGAGUCUCCGUCUCCAGUUUGGUCGUCGAUUUUCUGGGCAAAGUGGCGCCGCUUUGGCUGGCCGUCGGAAUUGGUGGAACUUGCUUUGUCGCCGGUGGAACCUAUGGCAUUGUACAAUGUGGAGAUUAUCUAUGGACCGAAUGGGAAAUGUCACAAGAAAAGAAACGAUUGUUGCCCGCAAAGGAAGAAGAAGACGAGGACGAUGAUGAAAUCAUUGAUGUGGUGGUGGCAGAAACUGGUAUUUGAACAACUAAGUGAAACCACUAUCCAACCAUUCAACAGCAAGAAUGAAUCUGGGUGUCGCUUUGUUUCGUCGGUGUGGACUCGAUUGGAUUGAGUCAUUCAUAAUGGGCCUUGGAGCCCAAGGAAUGACGGGCUGCCUGCUUGAUUUUCCAAGCGAAAGACAACAACAAUUUGCAACGUUUUGGAAACAAAACACAAGGCCCCAUCAGCUUGCACUUUUGCUCGGCUUCUUUCCACACGCAACAACGAUGAUCAACAAACUGACCGAACGACUCGACUCCCGUCGUGGAGGAAUUGGUGCGACUGGCCCCAGUGCACAUCCACCAAGCCACCUACCGCAUGAAACAAUAGUGCUCUACACUUGGACGAUUGGUCUUCGUUCAUACAACAAGGAAUGCACUACUUGUAGAGUUCCAUGUACAAUAGUUACGCUAAAGCAACUACAUACUGUAAGGCUAGUAGGAGAAUUCAAGUACUGCGAGCUUCCACAUUCGGGAGUAUCGGCGACACUCUGAUUCGAUUCACAUGUUAUAUGCAUAGUUUCCUCGUUGACUGAUGAACAUGUGCAUAUGC